AUGCCACACGCUCAUAUUCUCGUCUUCAUGCAAAAUGGAGCCAAAUUUCCAACAGCUGAUCAUUUAGACACUAUUAUAUCGGCUGAGAUACCGGACAAGUCGGUAGAUCCAGACCUGUAUGCAAUCGUUGGGGAUUGUAUGAUGCAUGGUCCUUGCGGUCCAGCAAAGAAGGAUAAUGUAUGUAUGGUUAACGGUAAAUGUUCUAAGAUGUUUCCGAAACGACUGAACAUCAGGACAUCAAUUGACGCAAAUGGAUUUCCAGCUUACAUGCGUCGUAUUGAUGGUAGGUUCAUUGAGAAAAAUGGAAUCAGAUUAGACAAUGGAUAUGUUGUACCUUACAAUAGAAACCUCAUGCUUCAAUAUCACGCGCAUAUGAAUGUCGAGUGGUGCAUCCAAACGCGAGGUGUUAAGUAUCUUUUCAAAUAUAUCCAUAAGGGACCUGAUUAUGCUUCAGCUGCAAUGGAUAAAGAAGAUGAAGAUGGCGUCAUAGACGAAAUAAAAACAUAUUACGACUGCAGAUAUAUAACUGCAUGCGAGUCGUCGUGGCGGGUUCUUGCUUUUCCUAUACAUUUUCGUACUACUUCUGUAGAGAAACUUGGAUUUCAUCUCCCAGAUCAGGAGCUGGUGUUUUUUGAUGAAGAUGAACCUAUUGAGAAUAUUCUGAAGAAAAUCUCAAGUAUGAGAGAAUGGGUACCACGUAAACGAGGCUUUGCGAUAGGGAGGAUUGCGCAUAUUAAUCCAGCACAAGAUGAGCUAUAUUUCUUAAAAGUAAUGCUAAAUUGGGUAAGAGGGCCGAAAUCAUAUGAGGAUAUAAGAACAGUUGAUGGUGUUGUAUAUUCUACAUACGAAGAUGCCUGCUAUGCUUUGGGAUUGAUGGAUGAUGACAAGGAAUACAUAGAAGCUAUCAAAGAUUGCAGUGAUAAUAGUUCUGGCACAUAUGCGAGGAAGCUUUUUUCGAGAGUGUUGGUAUCCAAAACAUUAUCUCAGCCUUAUCUUGUGUGGGAAGCUACUUGGGAGUAUCUUACCGACGAUAUUCUCUACAAGAAACGACGAGAAACUGGAAAUGCCGAGUUGAACUUGACCAUAGAUCAGAUCAAAAACAUUGCUCUAACCGAGAUCCAAAAUCAUUUGCUUAGCAAUGGUCGUAGCCUCCAUAAAUGGCCCCUAAUGCCAAAGCCAGAUGAUUUUGGUUGUUACAACGGCAAUCGCCUUAUAGAUGAUGAGCUUAAGUAUGUUGUGGAAGAUCAGCUAAAGGAAAAUGAAAGACUUAUAGCGAUGAUAACAGAUGAGCAAAGAGGGUUUUACAACGAGAUUUUGGAUGCAGUUUUGAAUGAUAGCGGUGGAGUGUUCUUUCUUUAUGGUUAUGGAGGCACAGGUAAAACCUUCGUAUAUAGAGCACUCUCAUCAGCAAUCCGAUCUAGACGUAUGAUUGUUCUAAAUACCGCAUCCAGUGGAAUUGCUGCAUUAUUGUUGGAAGGAGGUAGAACCGCACAUUCCAGGUUUGGUAUUCUGAUAGAUGCAGACGAGUUUACUACUUGCAAGAAAAUGGAGCCAGGAUCAGAUCGUGCAGAAUUAGUUAAAGCAGCAAAGCUCAUUGUAUGGGAUGAGGCGCCUAUGAUGAACAUACACUGUUUCGAGACGUUGGAUCGUUCUAUGCGUGAUAUUAUAAGAUCUUCUGAACACAAACCUUUUGGAGAUAAAGUAGUUGUUUUCGGUGGAGAUUUCAGACAGAUUUUACCGGUUAUACCCGGAGGUGGUAGAGCAGAGACUGUUUUGGCGGCUCUGAAUUCGCCAUAUCUUUGGGAGCACUGCGAAGUUUUGAAGCUAACAAAAAACAUGAAAUUGCUCGCUGGUCUUAGUGAUGAUGAAGCAAAAGAGCUUCAAUCCUUCUCAAAAUGGAUUUUGGAUGUUGGAGAUGGAAAAAUAAAUUUGCCAAACGACGGUCAAGUUGACAUUGACAUUCCUUCUGAUCUGUUGAAAAAAUACUGGAGAAGAUCCUAUUCAGACUAUUGCAAAGGAGAGUUUUUGAACAGUGUUAGAGUGGCAGGAAUGCCUAGACAUAAUUUGAAGCUGAAGGUUGGUGCUCCUAUUAUGUGUCUCCGUAACUUGGAUUUGGUAGAUGGCUUAUGCAAUGGUACUAGGCUAAUUGUUACUCAGUUGCUCCCCCAUGUGAUAGAAGGUAGAAUUAUAACCGGAAACAGUAUUACUGGAGACAAAGUCUGGAUUCCUAGAAUGUAUGUCAGUCCACCUGACACAAAGUUUCCCUUCAGAAUGCGUCGAAGACAGUUUCCCGUUACAUUGGCUUUCGCGGUGACCAUCAACAAAAGUCAAGGUCAAACAUUUGGAAGUGUUGGUUUGUUUUUGCCUAGGCCAGUGUUCUCUCAUGGCAGGAUGGGUGGUGAUGACUAUGAAGAUCGAUACUAUUUCAUUUUCGGAAAAAGUGUUCAGACUAUUUUGAUCAUGAGUAUAAUGCUAAUGCUAAUGCUCUACCAAUCAAGGCCUAAGUCGUGCAACGUCUAUCUUUGGAAGUUGCACUCGGCGUUGGGGUACUGUGUAUCGGGAGACAGGGACUAG